AUGCGCUGUGCGCUCGGCAGCGAGUCGGGUGCGAUCAACCCCACCAGACCAUCGGUAGGGAAAAAGAGGGGGCGAAGGAAGACCCCACUAACAACGUCCGACGACGGCGGCGCGUCAUCUUCUAGCAUCGAGGUGCCGGAAAAGACGAUGGCCAUCGAGGAGGUGGCUUCGGUGGUUGCGGGGCCUGCCACAACGAAAGACACGAUGCCCGCUCCCCAGCGGCCACCAGUAAGGAGGAGAGGCGCAGUGUCACCAGCGACGUCGGUGGAAUCGAUGUCGACGUCGGCCGCGUCCCUGGCUAGCGGGGACGAGGCAUUCCGCGACCUCGACCUUGCGCUGGUCAAUCUGGCGAAGCUGCUGUCAACUGUGGCUGCCAAGGGCGCUGAGCCAGGCAGCAGCUACAGGAAAAGGCUCCGGGAGGGAGCCGCUAUGGUUAGGACAAAGCUGAUCCCCACCAUGUCCAAACUCGUCGGGCAGCUUGACUCCAGGGAGAGUCGCAUUCUGGAGGACUCCCCGGUCUUGCGAGAUGGGACUCCCUUGUCGCCGAUGCCUGCGCUGGCACACUCUGGGCCCCCCGCGAGGAAGAUGGACACCAGCGUGCCCUCACGAGCUGUGAUGAGUGUGGCGGCGCCCAUGCCAGCGCCCACUUCUGUGGCCCCUGUUUCACGAGUGCCUACUCCCGCACUCCCUUACCCCCCGCGGAGGGUUGAGUUAAGGCCUGCGCCGCCUCCCCAAAUAUCGGCCAUCCCUGCGUCCAUGCAGAGAGGAAGGUUAAGGCCUGCACCAGCGCAGGCUGAAGACAUCCGCUCGCCACUGGCGAGGAUGGUAGACGAGUGGCCGGCGCUGUCGCGGCCCAGGCCUGCGGAGCCGCCAAGCAGAGAAGAAAUGGUGGCCUGCAUCUCGCGGGCGGUGGCGGAUGAGGUCCGCAAACACUUUGCUGGCCUCGAGGAGAUGCUCCGCUCCUCGAAUGGUUCCGGAAAUUGCGUCCCGGCACCAAAAGCCACGACCGCCAUACGGGACUGGGCCGCGCAGCCGACCUCCACUCCUACCCCAUCCGCGAGGGUGGCACGACGUGGAGGCCGGAACCAGAAUAUCAGAGGUGCGGGAGCCAAGAAUCCCGCCCCGAGAUCCCAACCACAGCCUCGUCCCCUUCCUCCUCCCCCGUCAAGCAUGGACGAGGGCUGGAUCUAA